AUGAAUAGUUAUAAACCCACUAGCACUUUUGAACAAUAUAGAUCAAAUCCAAAAUAUGAAGAGGUUAUAGAAAUGGAUAACACAAGGUUUAUAGAAAAUGAAACUUUUCACCAAUCGGUUUUGAUUCAAGAACAGGACGAUCAGCUACAAUCAUUAUAUGGAACUGCUCGUAAUAUCCAUGAUAUUGCUACGACAAUGAGAGACGAGAUUGAUGAUCAAAAUAUGUUACUUGAUGAGUUUGGGGAGCACACAGAUCGUACGUCUAGUAGGUUAGAUUAUGCCAUGAAAAAAGUUAAAUAUAUCAUUAAAGCAAAUGAAG